AUGGAUCUUCUUGAUGGCUGCAUCUUAACAGCUGCCAUCAAGAAGUACAUGGAAAAAUGGAGUGCAUGUAUGAAAACAUCAAUCACCGCAGAACGACACGGGUGCGCGACAAAAGCGGGACCGAACGUGGAAGGCAACAAUUUGACGUGCAGAGGCGAGAAGACGUUCACAGGCGACAGAAACAUUUACAUCGCCGUCAGCAACUGCAGAAGCAGAGAAGGCCUGUUGCUUAGCUACCGAUUAGAUGUCUACGGAUAUAAAGAAGGGACUCUCUGUUCGCGUGCAAGAUUUCUAAUUAGCGGAGACGGAUUUGCACCGUGGCUCGUCAUACUGUCCGCUCUUUGUCUUUUAUGUUUAGUUUAG